UUGCUUUCUUCUUCCUAGACUCAAGCCAUGGCAGACAGAAACCGGAGAAACGAAACAGCUGUCACAGAAUUUAUCCUCCUGGGAUUUGGGGAUCUCCCUAACCUGCAAAUUCUUCUCUUCCUGAUGUUCCUAGUGAUCUACAUGGCAACCGUGGCCGGGAACAUGCUCAUCACUGCACUAAUUGUGGCUGAUCAGCACCUUCACACCCCUAUGUAUUUCUUCCUGGGGAACUUGUCCUGCUUGGAGACCUGCUACACUUCCACCAUCCUGCCCAGGGUGCUGGUCAGUCUCCUGACUGGGGACAAAACCAUCUCAUUCAAUGGCUGUUUCUCACAACUGUAUUUCUUUUCUGCUCUGGUAGGUACAGAAUGCUAUCUCCUAGCAGCGAUGUCUUAUGAUAGGUAUUUAGCGAUAUGUAAACCCCUGCACUAUUCAACUGUUAUGAAUAGUAGGUUUUGCCUCCAGUUGGCUGCUGGGUCAUGGUUAAAUGCUUGUUUGGCUAUUACAAUCUUUGUCUUAUUCCUAUCACAGUUAACAUUCUGUGGCCAAAAUGAAAUUGACCAUUUCUAUUGUGAUCCCGUCCCACUGAUGGAACUGUCCUGCAGUGACACACACCUGAGCAUAUUGAUGGAUUUCAUACUAGCCUGUGUAUUCACCUUGCCUCCAUUCCUACUAACCCUGACGUCCUACGUGUUUAUCCUUGUGAACAUCCUGGGAAUCCUUUCCACCACCGGGAGACAAAAGGCCUUUUCCACCUGCUCCUCUCACCUCACUGUGGUGACAAUAUUCUAUGGAACUAUGAUGAUUUUCUACAUGCUACCGAAACAUGAUACCCUCAGAGAUCUGAAGAAAGUGCUCUCUCUUUGCUUCACGGUCCUAACUCCCCUGGUAAAUUCCCUCAUCUACAGCCUGAGAAACAGAGAGGUCAAGGAAGCCUUAAGCAAAGCAGUCAGUAAAUGUGGCUUUCACAAAAAACAUGCAGAGAUUCUGAGACAAUAA